AUGUUAAAUAACCAGAGGGUAUCUCAUUCCUUUUUUUUGUUUCGUGGCUUGAUCUGCCCUGCCAAACUGGUGAAGUCAGGCGGGGAUUGCUGGAGACACUGUGAGGGUUGCUGCUGCCAUGAUCUCGACUUCGCCCAUCUCAGAGAAGCCGUGGCCAGCCACGUCUACGCGCUGGACUUUCUGGCUCCUGCAGACAAAGUGAAGCGGGCUUUCUGGUUGAUGCCAGAGGUCUAUGUGGCGGGUCUCCAUGUGACGCAUCAUUGCUUUGGAGAUGUGGCCAGUUGGUUGGCCUCCAAGGAGCUGAAUGGAGAUGGCGCGGCCACCGGCACGAGCCGGAGGAGCCGGACAGCUUUCUAUGAGAAGGAUCACUUGGACCAUCGAUUUGAUUCGCAAGAUGCCGACUGGGCGGCCUAUGGAUUGCCCAACUAUUCCAAGUUGACUGGCCAGGAUUUCUUGAUGGGACAUCAACAUGUGCAGCACCACAAAGGUGGAGCACAUUGCAGCAGAGAUUUUCAUGAAUUCUGUAGCAAUGGCUUCGACUAUGUGUGCGAUACUACAGAGCCAACUCUACAUUGGACCAAGGACUGCGGAGUGAUGUACUACUUCUCACCAGCAGCUGGAACUGGAUGGCAUACCUACAAGUAUAUGCUGGGCACCCCACCAGCCGAAUGCAAACCGGGCGAGCAUUGCGAUGCCUGUGCCGAUCCUCCCGGCGAGGUGGCCUGCACAGUGAAGCUCCAUGGAGGUGAUUGCAAGGAGUGGCCAGAAGCUAGUGCCGCAAGACUUCCAGUGAGCAAAGUGGCCUUUCUCUGA